UUAAUGAGUGAAUGAAUGGGGAACCAUCAUAGUAACUCACACGGGGGCCACCAUCAUCACUUUCGAAACCGUAAAAACAACAUUAAUAAUAAUAAUAAUAAUCCUAAUAAUGAUAAUUAUAACCCCCUUCACUCUUCUUCUUCUUCUUCUUCAUCAUCAACAGCAACAGCAGCAGCAGGAAGCAAUCAAAUGAGGAUGCCGUACGAUGGUGUGGAAUCCAGCUUACGAGGAAUAGCUGGUCAGGCUGAAGGAUUUGGUCGGCAUGCCAUCGGUGGUCUUCACGGACCCAUCUAUCAUGUUACCACUUUAUCAGAUGACGGGCCUGGAUCACUUCGUGCUGGAUGUCGCAAUAAAGAACCUUUGUGGAUUGUAUUUGAUGUUUCGGGUACCAUUGGACUGUCAUCUUAUUUAAAUGUGUCUUCUUAUAAGACAAUUGAUGGACGGGGACAAAGGGUUAAGAUAACUGGUAAAGGCCUUAGGCUCAAAGAAUGUGAACAUGUGAUCAUCUGCAACUUAGAAUUUGAAGGUGGUAGAGGACCCGAUGUAGAUGCCAUUCAAAUCAAGCCCAAUUCAAAGCAUAUAUGGAUUGAUCGUUGCAGCCUUAAGGAUUAUGAUGAUGGAUUGAUCGAUAUCACCCGUCAAAGCACAUAUAUUACCAUUUCCCGUUGCAACUUUUCAAACCAUGACAAAACAAUGCUUAUUGGAGCCGACGCGUCCCACCAUGGUGACAGAUGUAUGUGUGUCACCAUUCACCAUUGUUUCUUUGAUGGAACCCGACAGCGUCAUCCUCGUGUUAGGUUUGCCAAAGUACAUCUGUAUAACAAUUACACCAGAAACUGGGGUAUUUAUGCUGUCUGCGCCAGUGUUGAAUCACAGAUAUACUCACAAUGCAAUAUAUACGAAGCAGGACAGAAGAAGGUAGCUUUUAAAUAUCUAACUGAGAAGGCAGCUGACAAAGAGGAAGCAUGCACGGGAUGCAUUAUAUCUGAGGGUGACCUAUUUACGACUGGUACUACACCAGGCUUAUUGGAAACUACCGCAGGAAGUAGCAUGUUUCAUCCAAGCCAACAAUACCAAACAUGGACAGUCGAACCUCCAACACAGGAUCUCAAACUAAUUCUCCAGAAUUGUACAGGAUGGCAAGGUGUUCCACUCCCACUUGAUAAUGCACCAGCAAGCAACAAAAUGACAUUUCCAUAUGCUCGUGUCGAUUCCAGCUUACGAGGUCUGGCUGGUCAAGCUGAAGGAUUUGGUCGGCACGCCAUUGGUGGACUUCAUGGACCCGUAUAUCAUGUUACCAUUCUAUCAGAUGACGGGCCUGGAUCACUUCGUGCUGGAUGUCGCAAGAAAGAACCUUGGUGGAUUGUAUUCGAUGUUUCGGGGACCAUUGAACUGUCGUCUUAUUUAAAUGUGUCAUCUUACAAGACCAUUGAUGGACGGGGACAGAGGGUUAAGAUAACUGGCAAGGGACUUAGGCUUAAAGAAUGUGAACACGUGAUUAUCUGCAACUUAGAGUUUGAAGGUGGUAGAGGACCUGAUGUAGAUGCGAUUCAAAUCAAGCCCAAUUCGAAACAUAUAUGGAUUGAUCGUUGUAGCCUUAAGGAUUAUGAUGAUGGAUUGAUUGAUAUUACCCGUCAAAGCACAAAUAUCACCAUUUCCCGUUGUCACUUCUCAAAACAUGACAAGACAAUACUUAUUGGAGGCGACGCGUCCAAUCAUGGUGACAGAUGUAUGUGUAUCACUAUUCACCAUUGUUUCUUUGAUGGAACCCGACAACGUCAUCCUCGUGUUAGGUUCGCCAAAGUACAUCUAUAUAACAAUUACACCAGAAACUGGGGUAUUUAUGCCGUCUGCGCCAGUGUUGAAUCACAGAUAUACUCGCAAUGCAAUAUAUAUGAAGCAGGUCAGAAGAAGGUGGCUUUCAAAUAUCUCACUGAGAAGGCAGCUGACAAAGAGGAGGCAAGCACAGGUUGCAUUAUAUCUCAGGGUGACCUAUUUGUGUCUGGUACUCAAUCUGGCUUAUUGGAACCAACAGCAGAAAGUAGCUCUUUUCACCCGGGGCAACACUACCAAACAUGGACGGUUGAACCUCCAACAGAGGACCUUAAACUAACUCUUCAGCAUUGUACAGGAUGGCAAGGCGUUCCCCUCCCAUCUGGUCAGUAACCAAUUUUGCAUUAAUUUUUAUACAUGUGUAGAUAUGCCAUAAUUGAAGGACAUACAGCCGCAUAUUUAUAUGACUGAUUAUUGUAUAAUAAACUUGCAUAUCGUGUAAGCAUACUAAAAGGUCCAUACAUCGUAGUAUAUACAAACUCUCAUUUAUUUGGAAAA